GUGUAGUAAGAGGAGACAUACUAUACACAGACCUCAGACUGAAGAUGAUGAUACUGAUGUGGAUUACAGUGAUGCUUUUUAAUAAAAUUGAUUCUGCACAGAUCAAUGAUAUCAAUCAGCCGAACCCAAUGAUCACUGCUGAAGUUGGUGAUAACGUGACUCUGCACUGCUUUAGACUGAGAGAGGAAAAUACUGAACCCAUCGUCUGGUACAAGCAAAAAGUAGGACACGAGCCUUGUGUAAUGGUCACAGUUCAACAGGAACCCAAUUAUGAAGAUGAGUUCAAGCCACCAAAAUUCAGCAUCGAGAAAAAAAAAGCAAGCUGCCAUUUAAAAAUUGCUGACGUGGAGCCAUCAGAUGAAGCCAUGUAUUACUGUGGACUUAGAAAAUUUAUAAUGAGGUUUGGAAAAGGAACAUUUUUAUCAGUGAAAGGUGAUGGAGAUGUAAAAGUGUCAGUGUUGCAGAGCAGCGUGAUGGACUCGGUUCCUGCAGGAGCGUCAGUGACUCUGCAGUGCUCGGUUCUCUCUGAGAGCAGAGCAGCAGAUCUCCAAGUGCUCUGGUUCAGAGCUGCUCCAUCACAAUCCCAUCCUCAAAUCAUUUACACUCAUCACAACAGCAGCCAUCAGUGUGAGAGCAGCUCUUCUACACACACCUGUGUGUACAGCUUCUCCAAGAACAUCCUCAGCCUCAAUGAUACUGGCACUUACUACUGCGCUGUGGCCGUGUGUGGGAAGAUUGUUUUUGGGAACGGGACACGAAUACAGUUGGAAAAAUCCUUGGAUCCAGUAGUGAUCAUUCUCGCUGUAGCUUUGGGAGUGUGUAUGUUUGUGAUCCUUGUUCAUGUUGUAAGCUGUAAAGGGAGAAACUGUGAAUAUUGCAGUGAGAGAUCUCGAGAUUCUGUAGUAAAGAAAACACCGAAUCAGAGCCGUGAUGCUGUAGAGCUGAAUUUUGCUGCCUCACACUUCAAUAAAAAAAGAGGAACGAGAGAACGAGCUUGUGAUAAUUUGUAUAGUGAAGUGAUUUACUCUCCUCUUUCUUAGAUCAUAAAUUUCUGAGAUUUUCUGAUGUUAAUUACUCUCAUAUUUGUAAUGUUUAGCCUGAUUGGAAAUCAGGAGAAUUCUAUGGUUUAUUAACACCAUGGAACAUUAACAGUUGUUGAUUUAAAAAAAAAACAAAAAAAAAACCUGUAACUGAUGUCAAGGUCUCCCAAGUAUUACAGAAUUGUUAUGAGAAUAAAAACUUUGUUAUACACAUCAGUGUGUCUGUUGCAGUUAAAGAGUACCAGCUGAAAGCACAAAACCUUUCUCCUUGUCUUUUAGCUAGUAUGUUAGCCAGUGUGCUAUAGGGAUGU